AUGGCAGCCGCUGUAACAUCACACCCGCUGACAGCUGAGCAAGUCUUCGAUGAUGUUGGACCAGCGUACGAGAAGGCUUUCGCCAACCUAGAGCCACAAGCAGCGGCAGUCCAAUGGGUAAUCGAUCAACUGAGAGAAAUGAACUCAGCGAAAUGUCUCGACAUAGGCUGCGGCACCGGUCGACCGACCUGCGAGGAGCUCGCCAAUGCCGGGCAUGACGUCCUCGGCAUCGACAUCUCUGGCGCCAUGGUUGCAGACGCCUCCAAGAAGAUCCCCAAUGCGAAGUUCGAGAAACUGGACAUGGCUGAAUACAACCCUGCCCUGGAGUCCUUCGACGCCAUCACCGUCUUCUUCAGCAUGAUCGCGAGCGUGACCCAGGAUCAGAUCCGGGAGAACAUUCGCAGAAUCUACCACUGGCUGAAGCCGGGUGGUGUGUUUGUGUUCGCCACUGUUCCUGUCGCGGGCAACAAUCUUGAGAUAAAGUGGAUGGGGCGGCCGGUUGUGGUUUCGAGUUUGACUGCUGAGGAAGCAGUCGAGUGCAUUCGGACGACUGGUUUCAAGGUUGAAUAUGAUGCUGUUAGUGCUUUCACGCCGCACGCUGUUGAGGCGGGGAUCUGUGAAAAGGACGACGUGUGGGAGGAGCCGCAUGUGUUUGUGUACGCUAGAAAAUAG